AUUAGAGGAUCGACCUUCGGCCUGUUCCGCCAUAUGUUCAAGCGCGCGCUAAGCGGCGGCCGCCAGCGAGUGCCUUGGCGCCAUGGCCGGGGCCCUCGAGAGAUACGACGGCGUGGUGUCGGAGCGGAAGGGGAGCUGGGGCUUUCUCAAGUUCUCGAGCGGCCGUCGUGCGUGCUUUCGCGCAGCUCCGCGGGCGGGGGCGAGCCGCUGCGGAGCGGCCGGCAGCCCUCGGCCGAGAUCGGGCCCGAUCCCAUGAGGCCCGGCAAACGGACGGCGCAGAACCCCUGGUGGACAUGCUGGCUUCCUACGACGGCACCGGCCGCAUCGCCAGAGUGGUGGCGGAGUGGAGAGGCACUUGUGGGCUCAUCCAGUUCUCCGCUCGGAGGAGGGCCUGUGGACUUUGCCACGGGCGAUGCAAACAUCAAACAGGGCAAGUGUUCAAGCAACAUUGUCUCCCUCUCUCUCUCUCUUCUCCUGAUCCUGGCCCUU